AUGUUUUGGUCAUCUGAUUAUAGCACAACCGCAAGCGCAUUGCUCCGUCGCCUAUCCCUCUUGCCCAGCAACGAUUCUCAAGCCCCCACACUGAAUACUGUCAGCUCUGCUGACAACGCUGUGGGUUCUCGUUCCCCCACGGUCGGCUUUGCAAGUUCCUCCAGUGCCCUGGUGCAAGGUUGCUUUACUGGUCUUGGCCUGAUACAUUUUUCGGUGGCGUUUUGGACUCGUACUUGGUUCUUCCGUCUUGUACUUCUCUUUGGUACUCUUGGACUAGUGGCAUAUGCUGUAACGCGUCUUCAACUCGUUCAAAAGGCCCUCAGCCUGAUAAAACAGACUUGGACCCCUCUCGAAAGGAAAUCCAUUUCUCUCCUUUUACCAGGAACAGAUGAUGGUCGUGAAAGUCUGUUUCUCCCCACUAGUCUUAAAGUGGCGUUGCGAUGGGCAGGGAAAUUUGACCAGAAUGUGAGUCACGCUGAACAAAGAAGUGAACUGUAUGAUAAUAUCCUGUAG